AUGUUGCCAGCAUCCCUGUCAUUGAGAUGGCUGCAAGGAUUCCCUAAGCAGAAUAUUGAUUUUAUCAACAACAACACAAUUUGCUACCCUUGUGGGAAUUACAUAAUUUUCAUUAAUGUUGAAAAUGGGAAAAGAACUUUUCUACCGUGUAAGCAAGGAAAAGUGGGUGCUAUGAAAACUUACAGUCCUUUUCAAGUGGUGGCUUUUUCAGAUAGGAGGCUUAAACCCUCUAUCUAUAUAUUCAACUUUCCUGAAUUGACAAGAAAGGUAAAAUUAAAAGGGCAUGCUCAGCUGGACUAUACUCUACUUGAAUUUAGUUAUUGUGGUACAUACCUGGCUUCUUACUCUGCAGUUCCAGAAUAUGAACUAACCCUUUGGAACUGGGAAGGAAAUGUUAUUUUGUGUAGUAAAUCACAACCAGGUGUGGAAGUAAGCCAGAUGACUUUUAAUCCCAUGACCUGGACCCAAAUGUGUCUGUCGAGUGCAAGUGCUCUAACUAUAUGGAAUAUUGAAAAAUGUGACAAGAAUUAUCAUCUCAAGCCAAAGCCAGUAAACCUACCUGAAGAAGAUGGAACAAGUACUUAUGAAACAGAUGGAAUGUUCUCUUACUCAGAAUUUAAAGAUAAUAUAUAUGGAUCUACACUAAUAAUUUCUUCCAUUGCUGGGCUAGUUGGUGUAGAAGUAGAAACAUUCAAGCCUAAAGAUGAUAUGCAUCCCCUUCUUCAUCCUACUGUACACUGUUGGAAUGCAACAAAUGAAAUAUAUGUGGGCUGUGAAGAAGGUCAUAUUCUCUUGAUAAAUGGAGAAAAUCUAUUUGUUACUAUCCUGACUCGGGUUGCUGAAGUAUCACAAGAAAUCCAUUCUAGUGAUACCAGUGUAAACACCAUGGCGUUGCACAAAGAAGGAUUAUUUGUUGCUGGAAAUGAUGGUAUUGUGCAUUCUUUUGUUAUCAAAGAAACAAAUUACACAGUAAAAGACCAUUUUGAUGUGCAAGAACCUGUAGGAAAUGUUAUUUUCUCUCCUAAUUAUCAACUGUUACUGAUUGUAACUAUUAAGGGUUCUAUUUAUACGUAUACUUUUGGUAAAGAAUCAAAAAUUAAAACGAUCUUGGAUGCAUCUGCUAGCAAUAUACAAGCAAUUGACUUUAUUACACCUGGAAACAAAUACUGCGUGUCAAUAACCAUGUUAGGAGAAUUCUAUAUUUGGUCGUUAGAGGAUGGAUCUCAUGUCAGCAAAUUACACCUUAGGACUGAGGUAAAUGCUUUGGCUUGCUGCCCCUCCUCGCAUUCAGUUGUUGUGGGAACCAAUGCAGGAUAUAUCCAGUUUAUUGACGUUACUAAUAUUGAAUUCCCUCAAGUUGUUCACAAAGUCUUCCUGACCCAUUCUUCAAUACAGCAUCUGUGUUAUGAUCAAAAGGGAGAUUACUUGAUAAUUGGAACUUCUAAUGGCUAUAUCUUCUUUUUAAAUGCCAGACCUUCACAGUCAUUUAGAGUUCUUGGAUUCACAGAAGUGAGUGAUAACAUUAUGCAAAUAUCUAUAGUCUCCAAUCCUGAAAUGCACACAAUGGAAAUAAUGGCACUACUUGGGACUUCAAAAAGUGAAACAAGCAAAGUGGAAAUAUUAACUCUGUAUGAAGCAAACUUAACAGACCCUGACAUUUGUUCAGAUGAAAGAGGAAGGCUAAAGAAUAACAUCAUUAAGAGGCAGCUAUAUGAAAUAAAUCAUCCUCUAACCUCAGCUAUCUUUGAUUUCUUCGGUUUUGAAUUUUAUGGCUUCUGUGGUCAUGUGCCAUAUAUCUGUAGCUAUGAUAUUCCUCAAAAGGAUAACAAAACUGUAGUUCUUGAGCCAAAGAUCAAAAUGCAAAGCAAACAUUUUGGAACUGGAAAGUUGUACCUAUCAGCUCAUGGCAAGUGGCUAGCAUCAAUAGCCAAAGAUGGAAUACUGAGUAUCCGCCAUGCUGAAAGUUUGGAAACAUUUGCUCAGAUUCAAAGCCAUUCUUACCAAGGACAAGGAAUUCAAUCAAUGGCAUUUUCAUUUGAUGGCCAUUUCAUACUAGUGAAUGGUAGAGAAGAUGGUACCCUUGUUUGUCUGGCAUGGAAGAAGCUAACAGUUCCUCUUGUUCGAGAAGCUGUUGGACAUUUUAACUCCCUAAUAAACUUUCUGAAGAGCAUCAUUGCAAAGGAAAAAUUAUUCUUAUCAGACAUGAGAGAGAGAGAGUUGGUUUUGGAUUCAGUCUCUGAACAAUCAGUUGAGGCGAUUUACAAAGCGAAAACAAAUAUAAUGUUUUCACAAGAUGAAUAUUCAGGUGUUUCAGAUGGAAUCAAUGAACAAGAAAUUACCUGGCUAGAAAAAAAAAACAAUGAGGCCAUGAGAAAAGAAAUUAAGGAAUUUAGUGAAAAAAAGAAAGAGCUAAAACAAGCAAUUAAAGUACUGGUUAAAACUGUUGAGGAACUGAUGAAAGAAAAUGAUUUGGCAUCUGAAAUUGCACAACUAGAACUCCAAGAAUUUAGCCUAGAUGUUGAAGAAAUGAGAAAACUUCAUGAUGUAAAUGAAAAAGAAGUAGAAAAGAUAAGAAAGGAAGCAGAAAUGGAAAAUCUAGCCAAGAAAUUUUUAUGGAACAUUUUAAAAGAGGAAUGCUGGGAUUCCAUGAACAUAAAAGGUCAAGGACUUAAGGCCUUUCAUAUUCCUUUGGAAGUCAAGAAUUUCCCAAUGAAAACUCGAACUCCAGAAGAGUUGGAAGAAUUGAAUUCAGUUUUACAGAUGAAGAAUUUUCAAGCAAUUGACCUUAAACUGCAAAAGGAAAUUGUAGACCUUCAUCUCACAGAGUCUAUGACCAGCAAGCCACUGGAAGAAGAGGAGGAGGAAGAGGAGGAAGUAGUUAAAGUCGAGGAAAACAUAGCCUUUAAUCUACUUGGAAGUUUAUUUUUAAACUUUGGUAUACAAGUGGGCUUGUUGAAUAGCCAACUGGACCUUUAUACCAGAGAUGAGAAAAUCAAUCAGAUUAUAUUAUUGAAGGACAUUAUUUACAAGGUUAAAACCAUUUUUAAUAAUGAGUUUAAUGCCGCCUUUCAACAAAAAAAAUUGGAAAUAACACGUGUGAAGGAGAAAAAUGUAAGAAUUAGAGAAAUCGUCCGGGAUCUACAACUUGGGGAAGAGGUCUGGGAACCAAACAUAGAAGCCUGUGAGAAGCCAGCAGCAGUUCUAAAAGUGAAAGAUCAUGAGAUUAAAUGUGAAAAAUACCUUACUCCAUGGGAAAGAGAACAAGCAGAGAAAGCUGCAGCCCUGGAAUUAGAACGACAACUUUUAGCUGAGAGAGAUAAUGACAGACGUCGAGGUUUGAUGGACAUGAUGCAUGGAGUUUUAGAAAUCAAGAAAGAAGAUAUUUUGAAGAUGGAAAUUCCUCUGCCUGAAUUUGCGAAAACUAAAAUAGAUGCUAUCUGGACUGAAGAUGAAAAGAAACUAUUCAAAGAAUAUGAGAAAAAAGUUAAAGAAUUAAGUGAUGAAAAAGAAAAGUAUAAAAAGUCAUUGGAUGCUGAAUUAAAGAAGAUUCAAGGCUCUAUUCAAGAAGCAACACAAACUUUUGAUGAUAAUUUAAGAAAACUCUUUGAUAGGAAAGUGGAAGCAGACAUGGUUGUCUACCAGGAGGAAUUACAAAUAAUCAACCUCAUUUUCUCUUUGCUUUUGGAUGAAGAAUUAAAUACAAGGGAAUUAGGACUGAACAACUUCCUUGAAAGGAAACAGGCUGAGAAAAAAAGAACAGCUAAGGAUGUCUUCAGGGCCCGAGAAGAAGUUGAUGCAUUCAGAGAAAGCUAUGACAAUUUAGUUGCAGAGGACAAAGUUGUGGACCGUGGAUUUAAAAAAGAGUUAGCUGAACUUGCCAGUCAACAUGUUGAAAUACUCCACAAACUCUUUAGACGCCGACCAAGGAUGCCAAGGCACAGAGCACCAGCAGAGAGUAAUAGUCCUUUCAGCACUCGGUUAGAAUCUGAAAGACUUAAGAAGGAUAACUUUUCCAAAAUCAUGGAAGCCAUGGAUGAUUUAGAUAAACCUGAAAAUAUGCCGGAGGGCUUAGAACUUUCAGCCUGGAAAUAUUUCUGUGCUGCAAGACGAACAAAAGUAGAAAAUGAACAUAAGGUAAAGCAAAAAGCUGCUGGUUUGCUGGAAAUACAGGCCUUCCUCCAGAAGAGAAUUGAGGAUGAUGAAAAGGUUCAAACGGACAUUGACAAAAUUUUCCAGGAAAUCUAUACAUUACAGAGGGAUAAAACUAAUCAUCAGACAGAUUUGACAAUUCAAAUCAUCCUUAAACAAGGGCAAGUGGAAGCAGAAAAUUUCCAUUUUAUGUUAGAAUUCACUGAUUGUGUUCUUGUUUCCAGGAAUAUAAUUGAGGAACUGAAUAAUAUAAUUCGGAUCCAAGGUCAAAAGAAAAUUGCCAGCAUGAUGGAAAAUAAAAAAUACCAUAAAGGAAUAAUUCAGAUUGAUUGGGAACAUAAAAAAAUGGUUAUGGAAAUGGAAGAUCUAAACCAAAAGGCUUGGGAUAUUCAGCAGCUAUUUUUUUCAAAAGCUCAUCAGGCGUACCUAAAAGAACAUGAUUAUGAUUUCAUGAUUGGCAUGCAGACUUCGCUAAUGGAGCAGACUAUUGCUGGGUUAGAUAAAAAGCACAAAAGAGAUGUGGAAACCUAUACACAACUAUUCAAGAAACUGAAAAAAACCGUGAGCCAAAAAGAUACAGCAAAUUAUAUUCUAAGCUGCAAUUUACACGAAGAGCUGGUGUGUAUCACUGAAAGAAAAUACAUCUGUCAUAAAAUUGGAACUAAGCUAACCUGGGAAACAAUUGCCAAGGAACGUUACGAGGCUUUAUUACAACAACAAAAGCUAGUAGAUAUUUCAAAAGAGCAGUAUGAACAAAUUUCAAUUUUGCAGGCAGAGGUUGAAAGAUUAAGAAUGAAAACAUUUCCUGCACUUAUUCAAAUGUAG